CCCUCUACUUCUCAGGCUCCCUGUGCUCAGUGAAAGAAGAUAUUGUAGAAGAAUGAGUGCAACAGUUCAGUGCUUAUCCUGUGCUCGAUUCCUUGCAGGAGGCCAAUCUCUUCCAUUACAACGGAAACCUCUCUUCUCCUCCGUCGUCAUUUCUUCUCGGCCCCGAAACCUCUCUUCUUCCAUCGUCGCCGCCGCUUCCAGAAAGAAGAAAAACAAGUCUCAGAAUCAAGGUAAAGAGGGGGAAGAGGACGCGGUUGAGCUGCUCUUCAAGUUACUUGAAGAGGAUCUCAAAAACGAUGAUUUGUCAAUUGAUGAUGAUGAUGAUGAUGAUGAUGAUGGUAGCUUUGAUGACAUUCCUGAAGAAGAAUUGGCCUUGUUAGAAAGUGUGUUUGCUGAUGCAUUAGGAGAUGAUGAUGAUGAUGAUGGUGAUGCUGAGCUGUUAAACUCAGAUGCAAUUGAUGUAGAAACUGGUGAUGAUGAAGAAGCUGGUGAUGAUCCGGAAAAUGACAAUGAGGAUGGAGAUGAAAGCCCCCUGAAGCUUAGAACUUGGCAAAUGAAGAAAUUGGCUAGAGCUUUAAAAACUGGACGCCGUAAAACUAGUAUAAAAAGUUUGGCUGCUGAGCUUUGUCUUGAUAGGGCUCUUGUUCUUGAAUUGCUCCGCAACCCUCCUCCAAAUCUUCUAAUGAUGAGUCUAUCAGUACCUGAUGAACCCCCAGCGACCGUAGUUGAAUCGAAACUCGGAGAGACUAUUAUUAAUGAAACAAGUCUGGACAGUGGGGAAUCUGAACCCAAGGCUCAAGUACCUAUUCAUACCAUGCAGCGCAGUUGGUCUGCUCAAAAGAGAUUGAAAAAAGCCCAUGUUGACACUUUGGAGAGAGUUUAUAGGAGAUCGAAACGGCCCACUAAUACAAUGAUCAGUAGUAUUGUGCAUGUAACAAACAUUCCCAGAAGAAAAGUUGUUAAGUGGUUUGAAGACAAACGCGCCGAGGAUGGAGUUCCUGAUCGCCGUCUUCCUUACCAGCGUUCCACUGCCGAAGAAACUGCGUAAGAGUUUACUGUCUUCAAUAUAUUUUUAAUGAUGUAAGCUGUGGCAAACCUUAGAACUGUAUAAAAAGUUAUGUUUCAACAAGUGGUCAUGUUUUUUGGGGUGACUUAUGAGACAAAGUUAGAUUACAUGUGGUGAUGUAGGUGAUUAUUCUUCUGGUCACGACAGAGUGGAUUUUCGGUCGGUUGCAUCCAAUGUCACAUACUCACAUGCUCAAUUUGCAGUCCUUAGUGCAAAUUGGCAAUGCCAUAUAUGCCAACAUAGUUUAAUCUUAAAGUUUGCGCAAUGUCGCAAAAGGGCACAUGAUACAUCCACUCAAAUGUGUAAAAUUAACAUGUCGCAUGACAUAGUUUUUUUUUUAAUUUUUUUUUUGGACUAGACAUAGUUUAUUGAAACAUUGUGUUAAUCAUUCUUUUGGUGAAUAUUUAAAAUGUUUUACCUA